UAUUUACUACAGCAGCAAUUAAAAAAGUGUGCGAAUGCUAUGAGAAAAACGAAACCUCAAUUACGAAUUGUGAGGUAGGAAGGCAUUAGGCAUAGGCAUAGGCAUAGGCAUGGCUACUCAAUCCUCUCUUCCUCCCAUUUCCACAGGUGUAGGUGGGGAAAUUGCGCAAGAAAAUGAUCAGAAAAAUGCUGGAGAAGAGCUUGUUAAACAGAGUUCAGACACGUCGGUGUUUGUGAACUCUGAACCCAUGCGCGAGGAGCAAAUCCAGAAUGCUGUGAAAUUUCUAUCGCAUCCCAAAGUUAGAGGUUCUCCUGUCAUCCACAGGCGUUCGUUUCUGGAGAAGAAGGGGCUUACCAAGGAGGAGAUAGAUGAAGCAUUUCAUCGCGUGCCUGAUGAACCUCCAAGUGUGCAAACAGCUGGUGUAAAUCAAGAUGGACAAUUGAAGCCAUCAUCAAACAUUCAGCAGCAAGGCCAAUCACAGGCUUUGCAGCCGACUGUACCUGCUUCUACAGGUGUGACUACUUCGUUGGGAACCUUAUCACGCCGCAGUUUUCGUUGGACUCAUGCGCUUUUUGCAGUUGGAAUUGUAGUUGCUUCAGGUGCUGGAACAUUUAUUCUAAUAAAGAAAUCUGUUCUCCCUUGGUUAAAAUCGUGGAUACGCAAUGUUGCCCUAGAAGAGGAAAAUGACCAAUUAAAGAGAAUAUGCUCAAAACCAUCGUUGGCAGAAGAAACUGCACAGGCUGCAAAAGUAGCUGCAGUUGCAGCUGCAGAUAUUGCAAAAGCAAGCCAAGAACUACUGACUUCAAAAAAUGAAGAGAAGAGAUAUUUCGUUGAAGUUUUGAGCCUUUUGGAUAAGCAAGUGCAGGAAAUGAAGUUGAUGACUAAUGCAAUAAGAAGAUUGGAAGCUUCUGGUGGAUUCUCUGUCUCAAAGCAAGAAGAUCGCCUAGCCACUCAAACAAGUUCAAAGAUACAACAACUUAUCAUGAAUGGGAAGUCAGACUAUGAGUCCCGAACAGUGAGAUCUUCAUCCCCUCCUGUAUCUGCUGAACCAUCUAGUGCUCCCCAUCCAAAAUCAUAUAUGGAGAUAAUGGCCAUGAUCCAAAGAGGGGAGAAGCCUUCUAACAUUAGAGAAAUUGAUGAUUCACCCCCAAACCCUUACCAGCAACCAUCAAAUCCUCGCUUAGCACCUAGAGCCAAGCCUUGGGAGGUUAGUCAGGCUCAAAACACCUCAACCCAAGUCCUUCAGUAUCAAGUAAAUGGAAAGCUUCAAGAUGGUGGUGACAAUCAAGUACCCUGGUGGCAAAUAAAAAACGCCAGAAUCAAAGAGAUUGAUAACGAAACCGAGUAUAGUGGAGCACCUGCUGCAUCCAGUCAACCACCAGUCCAACGAGCGUGGGUUCCCCCUCAACCUCCUCCCAUAGCAAUGCCAGAAGCAGCAGAAGCGAUCAGACGCCCAAAGACGGUAGUCCAAAAGGAAGUGACGUCGGCUGAUCAGUCGGAAGCUCAUCCUUCAGACAUCAAUGAUGGACCCAAAUCUGAAGAUUCAAUAGCCUUCAGCAACGACAACUCACUUGUCAGCUCUGGUGAGAUCCAAAAUCAUGAAGUCAGUUACGAAGAGAAAUGAAGGUAGUUCUUUGUACUUGAUCAUCUCCAUUCAUCCUAACAAUACAUGAAGUAUGAGUUCGAAAUAGAAAUUGAAUCGGUCUCAAGUUCAGGAAUAGCUUGAUUUAGUUCAAGUUGUUCAGCUCUUAUUUCUUAGUUAUGGAUUCUGUUAUAUGAGGAUUGAAUCCUACGUACGCCAAAGCAUGCAGUGUCGAAAUGUUAAUAGUCAGUGGUUACUGUGUUUCCUUCAUAAACUAUUGUUUUACUUUAUAGGUGCAA